AUGACCACAGACCUGGGCAUGGAGUCGACCUCUCUGGACGACGUUCUGUACCGCUACGCCAGCUUCCGGAACCUGGUGGACCCCAUCACACACGACCUCAUCAUCAGCCUGGCCCGUUACAUCCACUGCCCCAAGCCGGAAGGCGAUGCGCUGGGCGCUAUGGAGAAGCUAUGCCGGCAGCUGACCUACCACCUGAGCCCCCACUCCCAGUGGAGGCGGCACCGGGGGCUGGUGAAGAGGAAGCCGCAGGCCUGCCUCAAGGCUCUCCUGGCUGGGAGCCCUCCGGACAAUACCGUGGACCUGUCAGGCAUCCCGCUGACCUCCCGGGACCUGGAGCGGGUGACCAGCUACCUGCAGCGCUGCGGGGAGCAGGUGGAUAGUGUGGAGCUGGGCUUCACGGGCCUCACGGAUGACAUGGUCCUGCAGCUGCUGCCCGUGCUCAGCACACUGCCCCGCCUCACCACGCUAGCACUCAACGGCAACCGGCUGACGCGGGCCCUGCUGCGUGACCUCACCGACACCCUCAAGGACCCCAGCAAGUUCCCCAACGUCACGUGGAUCGACCUGGGCAACAAUGUGGACAUCUUUUCAUUGCCCCAGCCUUUCCUGCUCAGCCUGCGCAAGCGCUCCCCGAAGCAGGGCCAUCUACCCACCAUCCUGGAGCUGGGCGAGGGCCCGGGCAGUGGGGAGGAGGCCCGCGAUGGCACAGUGGGCCAGGAUGACCCUGGGGGAGGCCCUCUGGAUCCUGCCAAAGACCAUGAGGGCAGGGAGACUGUAGGUGCAGUUCAGACAUGACACAGAAGUGGGGGUCCUCACCAGGGAGUCCCGGUGGGGUAGGAUGACUGAGGCAGGCGAGGGGGCCCCCACUGGGGGCCUCAGGCGAUCACCCAA